AGGACAGGACCGGUGCAUGAGCGGCGCGCAAAUUUCCAAGCUAGGGUUCUUUUUUCUUUCCUUGUGUUUCUUUCAUAUAUAUUCCCAGUUCUCCAACAGUACGAAAAACCCCAAAGCUGAAAAUAGAACAGAAUCUCAAUAAGUGAAGGGAUUUUGCUGGUUAAUUGUAACAUGGAAGCUUGUUGCGGAGCUGCAAUCAUGGGUUCAGUUCAGCAACCUGUUUGGGUUAAAAGUUCAGCUUUUCCUUCAAAAGGGGCUGCUGGUAUUCCGACUCGGGUUAAAUUAUGCUCUGUAAAACCCUGCAGAGCAUCUCCAAUUGAAGGGAGCUUGUUAACAGGAAGCCCUACUUCUUCUGUUUCUUCUGUAGGUGCUAAGAGCAGCUUUGAGGACUAUGGAUUGAGUGAAGCUGAUCCUGAUGUUCGUGCUAUAAUUGACAAAGAGAAGAAACGUCAAUUUAGGAGCUUAGAACUUAUUGCAUCUGAGAAUUUCACAUCUCGAGCAGUGAUGGAAGCAGUUGGUUCUUGCCUUACAAACAAAUACUCUGAAGGGCUUCCAGGCAAAAGAUAUUACGGUGGGAAUGAAUACAUUGAUGAGUUGGAAACUCUCUGUCAAGAAAGAGCAUUGGCUGCCUUUAGCUUAGAUGGAAAGCAAUGGGGUGUGAACGUUCAACCAUUAUCUGGUUCGCCAGCAAAUUUUGCAGUCUACACAGCUGUCCUUAAUCCACAUGACCGGAUUAUGGGAUUGGACUUGCCUCAUGGUGGCCACUUGUCCCAUGGAUUUAUGACUCCUAAACGACGAGUUUCAGCCACCUCUGUUUACUUUGAGUCCAUGCCUUAUCGACUUGAUGAAUCUACAGGUAUUCUCGAUUAUGAAAUGCUUGAGAAAACGGCGAAUCUUUUUCGGCCGAAACUUAUCAUUGCCGGUGCUAGUGCAUAUCCGCGUGAUUUUGAUUAUCCUCGUCUGAGAAAGAUAGCAGAUGCUGUCGGAGCUUUCCUGAUGAUGGAUAUGGCUCAUAUCAGUGGGCUUGUUGCUGCCUCUGUGCUUGCUAAUCCAUUUGAAUACUGUGACAUUGUUACUACUACUACUCACAAGUCUCUUAGAGGUCCUAGAGGUGGAAUGAUCUUCUUCAAAAAAGAUCCAGUUCUUGGUGUGGAUCUGGAAUCUGCCAUAAAUAAUGCUGUUUUUCCUGGUUUGCAGGGUGGUCCCCAUAAUCACACAAUUGGAGGACUAGCCGUUUGUUUGAAACAUGCGAAAUCACCUGAAUUUAAGGCUUAUCAGAACCAGGUGGUCUCCAACUGUAGAGCUCUUGCAAGCCGGUUAACGGAAUUAGGCUACAAGCUGGUCUCAGGAGGGAGUGACAAUCAUUUGGUUCUUGUGGAUUUGAGGCCUCUAGGAACUGAUGGUGCUAGAGUGGAGAAAAUACUUGACAUGGCAUCAAUCACUCUCAACAAGAAUUCAGUACCUGGUGAUAAAAGUGCACUAGUACCUGGUGGCAUCCGCAUAGGCUCACCGGCCAUGACCACUCGAGGUUUUACAGAGAAGGAAUUUGUAGCAGUUGCAGAUUUCAUUCACGAGGGCGUGCAAAUUACUCUCGAAGCCAAGAAGUCUGUCUCUAGUACCAAACUCCAAGAUUUCUUGAAGUUUGUUACUGCCCCAGAUUUUAAUUUGAUUGACAAGGUGUUGGACUUACAAAAAAGGGUCGAAGCUUUCACGAGCCAGUACCCAUUGCCUGGUUUAUGAAGUGGUAUUGGAAGGCCGAAUUGCCUGAUGAUAAUACAGCUUGCCGCUUCCUAUUUCAUGACGCCAAGAAUUUUGCAAUGUGCUGUUUAGGAUGUUUUAGGAUGAUUCAAUGCAUUGAUACCUAUACCAGUUUGCUCUCUGAAAAUCAUCUAUGUUUGUUCUUCUCCUGGAAAAAUGAGCAGAUUUAUAUUCUGUGUUGAAGCAAAAAAUAGGAGUUGGGUGUUGUAAACAAUUGAAUUUCAUCCGUCAUACUUGAAAACUGCAUGGAUAUUGUAGUUCAGUUUUGUCAGUCUAUUGGAAUUUUGAACGUCUAAAAAGA